AUGAAUCUCUCUACAAUUGAUUAUAAACCCUUGGAUGACAUCGCUUCAAUCUUUUUGAAUAAGACCUCAUUAGAUAAUAUUAACAAUACAAUAUUGCUGACCAAUAAAUACAAAAAUCAUUUAAACGAUAUUAUAAAGCAGAAUAAGACUAUAUCAUCCUUCCAAGAUCAUACAACUGAAUUUUCAGAAACUACUAUACUUAACAACGCAUUGAUCAAGUAUAAAAAAACUAAGGACAAAGCUAAAAAAACAGAAACUACAAUUAAAACAUUAACUGAGGGAAUUUCUCAUUUAGAUAAUGCAAAGCAUAAUUUACUCCAAACUUUGAAGUUUUUUCAAAAUUUCAAAAUAUUAGUAGAUAAUUAUUUUGAAUGCAAACAAUUGCUACAAAAAUCGGCAUAUAUAGAAAUGGUUUCUCCAUAUAAAAUUAUGUGUUCGUUAACAGAAAACACAUUCGGUCCAUUUAAAUCUGUUGACGUGGUCAAUAAAAUGCUUAUUUCUAUAUGGAUUUUGAAAUCAAAUAUUAAUAAAAAUAUAAAAAAAUUGUUUAUACAGGUACUUGAUACUAAUGUACAAAUAAAUGAAACUCUAGAAAAACAGUCAAGAGAUGGCGCAUGUGAAUUGAUAAACUCUGAAGAAAACACAAAAAAGGAAAUUAUUGAUUGGUUACUGGAAAGGAUCUUAUAUGAAUUGAAAGAAAUAUUUCAGUUAGAUGAUGAAGCAGGUUCUUUAGAAAAUUUAUCCAGGCGUUUUAUUUUUUUCAAAAAACUAUUAAACAAUUUUAAUUCAAAACAUGCUUCCUACUUCUCACCUUCAUGGGAACUUCCAUUACAAUUGACAAAUAGAUUUUACCAAAUGACUAGAAAAGAUUUAAAAGUUUUAUUACACAGAGAAUUUGGAUACAAAAAACCAUCUAUUGACUUAUUUAUGCAGUCCUUACAAGUAACUUUAGAUUUUGAAAAAUAUAUUGAUGUAAGAUUCUCUAAUAAAUGUAAAGAGGAGAAGUUAAGCAGUCAAUUUGAACCAUAUUUAUCAUUAUGGGUAUCGCAUCAAGAUGAGAUUAUGGAAAAGAAACUACUGUCUUAUAUGAGUGAAGUCAAGAUGCCUUCAGACUCUUCGGACUCUUUAGUAGUUCCUUCAAGUGCAGACCUUUUCAGAACAUACAGAAAUAUCCUAACAGAAACUUUAGAGUUGGUAGGCGAAAGUAAAAAUGAAUCUAUUUUAAUAUCUCUAUCAAAUUUUUUUGCAAAAUGGCUGACAGAAUAUUUAAACAAAAUUUUAAAACCUUUAUAUGUUGUAGAUGACUCAGUUUCAAAGGAACAGCAUAAUAUAAUCAAAUAUACAGUAUUGUUAGUAAAUACUUGUGAUUAUUGUUCAACCACUAUUGAUCAGCUAGAAGAAAAAUUAUCUAUAUUUAGUUCUAAUGCAAGAGGUGUUUCUGAUCCUUUUAUUAAAGCUAAAGAUUUUUAUGAUGAGCUACUUUCAAAGUGUAAUAGUUUUCUUCUUAAAAAAACUAUUCACAUGGAUUUAUCUUUUGUAACUAAAGAGUUUGAUAAUACUGAUUGGGCUCAUAUUACUGUUGAAGAUUACAGUAGAUAUAUGGUAACAUUGAAGAAAAUACUAACUUUUUCAAAUCCCUCAAGUAAUGAACCAUAUAAGAGUUGUCUACAAGAAACCAUCACAUUAUUGAACAGAGAUGUAUACAAAUGGAAUUUUUUGAAUAAUUUCAUCGAUUCCUUAACAUCUACAUAUGUUGAAUGUGUUGUAAGACUUUUGCAACCCCUUCCACCUUUUGGUGAGUUAAGUAAAAGACGAUCUUUUGAUAUCAAACAGGUUGUUAAUAUUGGAGAACAAUUGUUAUUAGAUAUUGAAUUAUUACGGAGUAUACUAAAUCUAUUGGCUGAGAACAUAGUCAAUUCUAAUUCAAAUACUAAGUCAUCUUAUAAGUGGACACAAAAACAUAUAGAAAAAAAUCUAGACGUGUUACUGGCCUUUUUUAAACUACUGGUGGUACCAAUAACUUCAUCAAACGAUUAUGUUACUACAUAUGCAAGAUUGACCUCUCAAAAUAAAAAUCCAUUAGUAUGGGCAUUUACUUUUUCUUUAAAAGGGGCUCCCUGGGAUAUCAAUUUAUGGAAAGAACAUUGGCAAUCCUUUCAAAUAUGGAGGGAAGUUAAUACAACAGGAGAAAAUGAUUUGUUUGUGUAUAAGUGGAAUUUGAAGAAUAUUACUCGAUAUGAAACAAAUCUAAAAAGAAUUCAAGAUUCAAUAUGGAAGGAUUUUGUUAGAGGUAAUCUUGAACUAUCCGUACAAGCUAAUAAGUAG